GGGAGGAAAAAAAGAAAAGAGGGGGGAGUUACUAAGAUCUUGCCUGGGCAAGGCGAGAGGAGAAAGAGGGAGGCAGAGAGAGAAACAAACUAGCAAAUCUCCUUCGCCCAGCUCUGUGCGCGAACUUCUAGGUCUGGCGGGGGUAAUGGGGGGCAAACAGCAGAUCUUAGAGCUGAGAACUCCUCUUGCUAGCUCUUGAUUUGAAUUAUUUUAUUCUUAUUUUUUAAUCCCCCGUAUACAUUUUUGGAGGGUGGGGGUUUUGUUUUCUGUUUUUCCCCUUCCUCCACAAAGGGUUUUUUUUAAUCAGUUCUAUUGCCUCGCUUUUUUUCCUUUCCCCAUCAACAUCCCCUCCGACCCCUCAAAGAAGAUCCCGUCUUUAUGUUGUGCUGCCCGGAGACCUUUGAGGUCUUCCCGUCCUUUGUUUCUUAUUUUCAUUUAAAUGUAUAACUUGAUGGGUCUGAACAGCACAACCGGAGCCAACCAGCCCAAUGUCUCCUGUACAUGCAACUGCAAACGAUCUUUGUUUCAGAGUAUGGAGAUCACGGAGUUGGAGUUUGUACAGAUAAUCAUAAUCGUGGUGGUAAUGAUGGUUAUGGUGGUUGUCAUCACAUGUCUGCUGAAUCACUACAAACUCUCCGCACGUUCCUUCAUCAAUCGGCACAGCCAAGGGAGGAGGAGAGAGGAGAACUUAUCGUCAGAAGGAAGUUUGUGGCCUUCGGAAAGCACAGUGUCAGGAAAUGGUGUAGCAGAGCAGCAGGUCUACACGUCGAGACCUACCGACAGACUCACUGUCCCAUCCUUCUUGCAGAGGGACCGCUUUAACAGGUUCCAGCCAACAUAUCCUUACAUGCAGCAUGAAAUCGACCUGCCGCCCACCAUCUCCCUGUCUGAUGGAGAAGAGCCCCCUCCUUACCAGGGGCCUUGCACGCUGCAGCUCCGGGACCCAGAACAGCAAAUGGAACUGAACCGGGAGUCAGUCCGAGCACCUCCCAACAGAACCAUCUUUGACAGUGACCUGAUGGAUAACUCAGUCUAUGGGGGCCCCUGCCCUCCGAGCAGCAACUCGGGCAUCAGCGCCACCUGCUAUGGCAGCAACGGCAGGAUGGAGGGGCCGCCCCCCACGUACAGUGAGGUGAUCGGCCAUUUCCCGGGCUCGACAUUUUACCAGCACCAGCAGAACAACAGUGGGAUGUCCUCGAUACUCGAGGGGGGCAGACUCCAUUCCUCUUCACAAAUCAGUAGCCUCGAGAGCACAAUGGCAUGGAACAAAGAUAAAGAGAAGCAAAAAGGGCACCCCUUUUAAAAAGAAAACAGAAAAGAAUGGAAUAGAACACUCUGCACUUCUUGUUCAUGGGUAUGGGGGAGAGAUGUCGAGCGACGGGGAAGCAGUGUACGAAGCAAAGCACCCUUCUCCACCUCUGUGUAGUAUAAAUAUUUACAUGUUAUGUUUGGUUUGAAUGCACAAGCCAACAAAGCCUGCAAAAACAUUUCUUUGUUGAGCUCUGUCUAGAAGUUUUUUUUUUUUUUAAAGAAAUCUUCAGCGGUCCUUUUAUCCCGUCCCCCUAGUUUUGUUUCCAGUUGAGCUGCGUGUGUGAAUGCUACAAGUUUUUUUUUUUUUUGUUAUUUCACUUAACUUUAAAGAAAAAAAUAUUUGCACAAAAACGUUUGUUUAAAGAUCUGCAAUAUAUAUAUAAAUAUAUAUUAAAAAUAAGAGAAACUGUAUGUGUGUUGGGGAAGCAGGAGUAUUUUUAUAUUAGAAGAGGCCUAUUGAGAAAAAAAGUUUUUGUUGUGUUUUUUCUGAACUAGAAUAAAAACAUGGCAAUUUUUGAGAGCCAACUCAAAAAAGCAUGUAUUACAUUGUAAAAAAAAGAGAGAAACAAAAAAAUUAAAAAAACAAGCAGGGGUUUAGAGUUAUUUAUAUAAAUGUUGAAAUUUUGCACUAUUUUUUAAUAGAAAUGUGUAAGUGCUUGUGUUGGUCAAAAACCUCUUGUCAUGUCUACCACAAAACUGUUAAGGGAAAUAUGUUGAAGUGAAGACUAAAAAGGAUCGCGAGGGGAGGGAACACCUGUAAGCCUGAAAUCACAGACCGGUAAGGAACAUCAUGUACGGACCUGCAUCUUGUGCAAUCUUAUUUACUCUCCAGAGUCACAUGAGCAUGUCUCCAACCUGAAGUAGUUCUAUUCCACCUGCUGCAGGUAUAGUCAGAUACCUGUAAAGAUAGCCAAUUACAAAAUUUACGUGUACUGCAUUUGUUGUGAAGGGUGUGUGUGUGUGUAUGUGUGUGUAGAAUACCCCUUUUCUUAUUUAAAAUAGAAAAAGCUAUUAUAUCGAAUUCCUAUUUCUCUCUCUCUUUCUCUGUGUGCAGCAUGCGUGUGAGUGAGACGGUGGGGGCGGGUUAAAAAGAGGGGGGGCUAUUUAUCUAUAUGUGUAUGCACACUUCCCAAAUGACACGGUGCCUGUAUAUUUUGUUUUCUUCUGUUUUGCACUUGGGUGUCUGUUCCCAAGGUCAUCAUGCAGCACAAGAAUCCACUCUUGUACAUUCCCUGUGAAAUCAAAAUUUGGGGUACUUCCAGGCCAAUAUUCCCUCUCUCUCUCUCUCUUUCUGGGUGGGGAAGAGGGAAAAGAAUGGAAGAAAUAAUGAGGAGAGGCAGGAGAGUUACAAAUGGAAGGCAAUGUUUUCUUCUGUGCUCCCACCUGCUGUCAAAUCUGUGCUUGAUGCAGGGUGCUGGAAGAAUAACAUCUUAGUCUGGAAGCACCCCAAUUUUUUUCUUUUUCUUCACUUGAUGCUGCAAAAAUCAUCAUGAAAGGUUUUUACAUCCAAGGCCUGUUUAGUUCUGAUGAAUGGAGCUAUGCCUACGGAAGGAGUUCCACGUUCACUCCUGUGCUGGUGACAGCUCAGCUCCUCCUGCUGAAUUGAAAUUGAAAUGAAUGUGUCAGCUUUCCCCAGCCGGGUGCUUGGGACUGCAACUCCCCUUGCUCCCAGCCAGCGUGGCCAGUUUCAGUCCAGAACAUCUGGAGGGGACCAGGGUAUAGAAGGAUGCUGUGUUGUGUUUGUGCAACAGAGUUUUGCAGGACCAAGCUUCAUGGGAGGCAAUUAUAACAGCCCUUUCUCUUGCAGCCAUCUCACUGAUUUUAGGAGGACCAUAAAAGCAUAAGCAGUCAUUAAAUUGCCUUAUUUUUAAUGACUAGUUGAUGGCUUCUAAUUGUCUUCAUCAUCAUCAUCUUUUUUAAUAUCAUGCUAAUUUAAUUCUCUUCAGUUAAGGUAAUAAAACUCUCCAAGACCCCAUAAACCUGACUUACUGGUCAGUUUUUAAAUAACACCCCUGGCAAACCUGUUUUGGGGCAACACUGUUUUCAAUCCAGUUUUAAAAGAUCGUCAAUGAAGGUUGACCAGAUGGUGAAGACUGACCAGACGGCUCCUGGGCCCUCUAAUACUUACGUAGAAAAGGUGGAGAGGAAUAGCAAGCGCAAUUUGUUCUGCAGGACCUGAGAUACAUGUUGUCCUCUUUUUUUUCACAGUUAUUAAAGGGACAACUCGCCUGUCCUCUGACACAGCCAAAACAGCCUUGGUUUAUAUCUCUGUCUAGCAGCAGUGUCUCCCCCUGCCCCAUUUUUAGCUUCGACUAUAUGCAGAGACUCUGAUCCAGAUCUUAAGACUCCCCUGAUCCUCACAGUAGGGUCCCAGUCUGAAGCGGACACCUUGCACUACUGUAGAGGAAAGAUGGAAAAAACUGUAGCUGCUGGGUAGGAAUUUAAAGCAAUGCUUGCUUCGCCCCUUGCAUUCUGCUUUUGCCCCAGAACAUGCCAAAUGCAUUUCCUGCAGCCUGCUAAAUGCACCAAACCCACCCACUUCUUUUUGCAAUGCUAGAAGGCAAGAGGUUGAUCAAGCCCAGGCAGAGCUAAGAUCGUGGCUGGGGAACUGCAUUCAGCUCGAUGGAUCUAAGCCGAGCGGGUCUUUUGAAGCCUACGAAUUGGGAAAGAAAAGCGAAUGCAAUCGCGUUGAACCCGGGGUGGUGGUCUUGGAUUCAAUCCAUCCUUGUUUUCACGUAUAUAUUGACACAAAGGUGGAGGGGACCAGUAGGCAGAACUUGGUGAAUUCCUCCUUACAUUACAGCCUCUGGUUGCUAACUGUUUUAUUCAUAUCAGCUAAAGAGGCUGGGGAUAUGUCAAUGGAAACAUGUCAGCUUGUGAUGCAUUCAAGGCUAAAGAAAGAAUUGUGCUUAAUGCUUUAGAAGCAAACCCUUUACCUCUUCUGAAAGUUGGCCUUCACUCAGACCUAUUACUGUUGUAGACUCCUUCUUUAAGGGUCCGUCCUCUAACCCUCCUUCAAACAAAUCAGCUUCUGUGGUCUUCUUUAAAGUGUUGUUUGUGUCUCUCCCCCUUGUUUCAUAAAAGCAUUUUGUCUUACAAUGCUAUUGUUUACAUUUUUAUAUAUAUUGUAUAAAGAUCUGAUCGGUUGCUUUAACCCUAAUGGUGAAUUUGUAUGUGACUGAGUGAGAGGCAUAAAUGAUGGAGAGAAAGAAGAAGGAAAAAACAAACGCAAGGGAAUGAACUCCUGUUCUCUUACUUUGUGCACAGAUGUCUAAACUACAGCCAGAAAGGCUGCCAACUCUAGAAACAAGCCAUUCUGGCCUGCUCGUCUGUCUUUAACAGGAGCACCAUGGACAGCAGUUGGCAAAGUGCAGCUUUGGGGAUGAAAGCAUGAUCACCCGCUUUGCAUAUCAUGUCUGCACAGACCAUGGAGGGUAGGUUUAUCAAGGGUAAUGAGGCAUGAUGGCCAGAUGGAACCUCCAUGGAACAAGGCACUGUAUCUCUGAACACCCACUGCCAGAGAGCCAGCACAGGAGGGCUGUUGUCUUUGUGCCCUUCCUAGGAGCUUUCUGGGGGUGUCAAGCUGGCCAACAUGGGAAGCAGGAAGCUGAUCAAGAAGGACUUUGGCCCAGUUCAGCAACAGGGCUGCUCUCCAUCUUUUCCAUCUGUUGAUCUAGGCUGGGCUGCGAUGGCCAACUGAAAACCUGGGAAGCUUUAUGGCUAGGUAGUUCUAGCUAGGUAUGGUAUGGUAUACCUAGGUAUGGCUAGGUAUGGCUAGGUAUGGUGGGGCAUGGGGCAGCCCUGUAUUCGAGUGAGGAACGCUUAGUAGAGGGAGCCAUAGCAAGUGACCAUUUUUUUACAAGGAGGUGUAAUUUUGCUUUUUGCCAGAUGCUAACUAGUAAGGUAACAUAAAUGAAAGAUAUAAAGGCAAUAAUUCUUGGUUUUUAUGCGACUUUUUAUUACUUGAAGAAAAAAAUUAAAAAGCAACAAUGCUGAAACAAGCUGACAACCGUUUUAAAGUGUAACCAUUUGGAAUGCUAUUUAUAUAUAUUUUAAAGAGGAUGAUAAUGACAACAAAGAGAGAAACUUGAAGUUUUCGCCAUUUUAAAAGGAAUUGUUUGCUUAUUUUGCUUUUGUUUUGCCUAGCGAUAGGUUCCUGAACAUUUUUUUUAACCGAAUCACAACUUUCCCUCCUUCCAUUGCUCCUGGAUAAUAGCUUUACAAUACCUACAAUUUGCAGAUUUUUUUUUAAGAAAAGAAGAAAAAGAACUAAAAGGAGUACAUCUAGCUUCCUGUGAAAGGUACAAAGUCAAUGAAUUUAUAGACUUUUUAAAAAAUGUAUCUUUCCUUUAUGUAACAUGUCUAUUUAGUGCCUUAUCAAGAAAAACAGUAAAACCUCCCUUUUUGAAAAAAGAAAAGAAAAAUGGGGAUAGCCAAUCUUUACUAGUGAGAGGAACUUCCAGGGCGUGGUCACAUCCCCUUCUAUAGAUCCCUGGAUUUCAGUUUUAGCUAGUUACUUCCUUUUUGAGUUAAAGGGUGGGGGUACCACUUCUUUAAACCCCAUGGCCCCUCUAAACCCAUUUUGAUGUGCCUAGCGAUGUUAAGGUGCUUCUUCCCCAUCUUUUGCCAUCUGUUUCUGGGACUGUAUGUAAGGUAACUUGAAUACAUUUUAUGCACAUAUCCUACUCCAGUAGGUAAACUGGUGGAUAUUGUAAUUGAGAAUACCAACCAAAAGACAAACCGAAAUAUAUCUGCUUCCCUCUUGAGCCAAAAUUAAUAAUGUUGGGGGGGGGUAUUGUUUGUUGUCAUUGUCGUUAUGAUUUUUUCUUUGUUCUGUGGUUUUACUAGUGUGUUUGCUACACACACACACACACACACACACACACACACAGCUUACCUCAGUAGGUUUUGGGUGGAGUGUGCCUCGCAUAUCUAAAACUCUGCCAACCUUAGAGAAUUGUCACCAUGACUGGAGGUGGUUAAAAGUCACUGGAGUGCCUUGUAUGAAGUGGGCGAACCUGGUAGGAUUGCUACGGGGUUGGCAGAGUGGGCAGCAGACACCCUCCUGGAGGGCCCCCUGGCCCGGGACUUCUCCUUGGUGCCAUGGCUGUACAUCCGCCAUCUCCAAGCACGCUGGCAGUGCUGCAGCAGCCCUUGCCCUCCCCGUUGGUGGACUGAGCCCAAAGGGAUAGGGCAAGUGAAUGGACAGAAGUGAUAGCGAUGGCAAGGAAAACGGGGUCCCACUGAAAGAUGGCCACCCUUUAGGGCACAUGGCCCAAGUCUCCCUCAAAAACUCAAGGGCUGGUAUUGGCCUGCCAGCUUUGUCCUUGGGCCUGUGGUUCUUUAGGAUAAGACGGACAUGCAGCAGUAAUGGCAGGAAAGAAGUGGGCCCCAGAAUGCUUCGCGUGUCUCCUUCCCACAUGUCAAGUUUCCAUUAACUGGCAAAGAGCAAAGCCAGAAAAAGGGGUGACACCCCACCCAGCAAAGCAAGCUAGACAUAAAAAAGUUUUUGGAGGUUUAUCCUGGAGGACAAACCAAAACAUCACCACUGUACUUUUCUCGAUUAUUAGUCCUCAUCCGAUAAGAGUGUUCACCUGCCCAAGAAAACCGUAUGCUUGGAAUGCCAUUCAUCUCUGCAAACCGUUUUUAUCCAUUUGUUGAUUUACCAGUUCUGGUCAUUGACUCCAGUAUUGGUUUAAGCAGAUAACCCCAUUAACUGAGAUCUCUCUUGAAUGUGAUGGUUUUGAAAGAGGUUGAUUGUUCCAUUCCAACUACUUGUUCUCAUUAAGAAGCAAAUAAAUGUAUGUUUAUUCCUGUAAAUUAGGAAUGCAUGCUUUGGCCAAAGCCUCCAAGAACUCAAUGAGCCAUCACAUUUGGUCUAAUGUUGCCACUUUUUAAUCUGCCAGGGCUCCUGUACAGAAGCCAAAAAUUCAGUAGCACACUUGGGAAGGAGGUGCUAUUAGGCUGGGGUGCAGGGAAGCCUUUACCAUUUGGAUUCCUGCCUUCCUACACAGGAGCCAUACUUGUCAGCCUUUUCCCAGGUGAGGCUAUUGAUGGCGCAGGAGCCCUGCUGGGUAGGAAAAAGGUGGCAGCCUUAAUGAAUUGUGCCAAUGGGGAUUCAGGCAUUGGCCUCAACUACUCCAAGAGUCAUUCUGCUAUUUAUUGGGUUUUCUCAUGUAGUGUUUUUCACAUUUGCUUACAUGUUGCAAUGAAAGGUUUUGCUAUCUUUUUAAUGUGAAUAUGUCACAUAAUUUUGCAGUGAGGUCUACAAUGCACAUAAUGUCCUGGCCAUUUAGACCAAACCGAUGUGGCAGAGACAGGUGUGCCAUUUCACAGGUGGUUACUGGAUGGCUUUGUUCCCUGGCAUUUCCAAGACCUUACCUCACCUUACCAGUUCCUUGUUUUUCAAAAAUUCUGCUAGGAAUCCCAUUUACACUUAUGGCACAAAUGCACACAUCUGUACUCUGGUGUGCAGUAGGUGGCAUGUCAUAAGUAAUGCUCCAGGAUUCUCUUCUUUAAUGGAAAUUGGUGGGACCAUUCAGCUACAGUUUAAGCCCUCAUUGACAAAAAGCAGACUGAAUUACAGGCCUUCAUUGAUUAAACCAAACAGAACCACUCAACAAAAUGUUUUGCCUCUGACUCAAGGACAGAGGCGAUUAGCUCCUGAGGGAGACCAAAUUAAAAGCAAAACUUAAGGAAAAGAAAGAAGGCAGCAUUAACAGCUGUAUCCAUCUGUCUUUUGCUAGCUCUUUCGAGGAGCAGAGUAGCUUUAAAACAGCAAGGGAGUAUGUUUGGUCUGCUCUUUGUAACACAUCUUACAAUAGAGAAGCGCAUCCCUCAAAAGCAUAAUGUCCUUGAAUGUGUAGAUGGAUUUGGAAACAAUGGCAGGUUCUAACCAUGCAAGGCUCCUUUUCAUGAUUCUUGCUUUCUGUGACUGGCAUGGGGUUUUGAUAUCUGAACAGUUAUUCAUGUACAAAUAAGGAUGGAACGGUUGGCCAUAUAUGGGGAGAAAGGACAUCAGUGUCAUUCUUGAGAACAUCUUUCCUUCUAAUAUGUCUGAAUCUCUCUAAAAAUUGCACUAAAGGCUAUAUUUAAUGGAAAGACCCAAGUCCACCAUUUCCCCUCUUUUAAGAGUUGAAUAAAAGAAGCCAGAUGUGUGGCGUAAGCAUAGAACCCAAGAACAGAAUUAAUGUGUUUUCUCCGAUAUGAUCUGCGUGGCCCUCAGAUAUAUUAUCAAUAUACAUUUAUUUCCCUCCAACUAAAGGGGUUGGGAAGGAAAAAAAAUAGAAGUUUUCCAUAAACUGCGCUUUCAAAAUUUUGCUGUAAUAUAGAAGCUCAUGAAGGACUACAUUUAAAGUCCCAAUUUGCCUGCCUUCUAGCUACAAUUCAUUGUAUUUUAAUAUUUUCUUCGAUUUCCAGUUGCAUUGCUUUGGGCUUUGGAGUUUGUUAUAGGCAGUCCUGUAUCCUGACUUUUUUGUGUUCAAAUUUUUUAAAAAUAAACCCUUAUGUAAACAAUAGGCAGCACACGCAAUGCAGUACUUAUCUAUAUUUUGCUGUUUUAGUAAGACUAUGUACUCGGAUGCCAAGUUCCACAACUCUGUUGUAAAACGCUUCUUGUGUAACAGUAACCAAUUGUGGCAAUGAUAUGUCAUUCUAUUCUUUAAAAGCUGCAAUACUUAAAACAAUAAAUUUUACAAUACUUUGGA